GUUACCUUGGGUAUGAAUUAAUACAGACUUGGAAACUGAAAGAACUUAGAAUCAGCGUUUUGAGAGCAGAAGCGUGGGCAUGCUGUGAUUUUCCAAUAAACUGCUAUCACAAUGUCAAAAUGCAGUUCAGACAACAGCAACACAGAGAUCUCAAACAUUAAAACGGUCCUCUGCUGCCCAUCGCCCCCCACCCCCCAUCCUCAUCGCGAGUAGAAACAGAGAGGACGUGGAUUUCCAAAACGUAGAGAAAUAGCUUUUGAACUGCGACGAUUCUGUUCUUAAAGCUGUGCUAGAGCAGAAUGCAAUGAAAGAAGCACUGGAUGAAUGACAAGCCCUGCUUCGCAGCCCCUCAGCAUGGCAGGCCUGCAGCUCAUGACCCCUGCCUCCUCACCAAUGGGUCCUUUCUUUGGACUGCCAUGGCAACAAGAAGCAAUUCAUGAUAACAUUUAUACGCCAAGAAAAUAUCAGGUGGAACUGCUUGAAGCAGCUCUGGAUCAUAAUACCAUAGUCUGUUUAAACACUGGCUCAGGGAAGACGUUUAUUGCAGUACUACUCACUAAAGAGCUGUCCUAUCAGAUCAGGGGAGACUUCAGCAGAAGUGGAAAAAGGACGGUGUUCUUGGUCAACUCUGCAAACCAGGUUGCUCAGCAAGUGUCCGCUGUCAGAACUCAUUCAGAUCUCAAGGUUGGGGAAUACUCAGACCUCGAAGUAAACGCAUCUUGGACAAAAGAGAAAUGGAGCCAGGAGUUUAUGAAGCACCAGGUUCUCGUUAUGACUUGUUAUGUCGCCUUGAAUGUUUUGAAAAAUGGUUACUUAUCACUGUCAGACAUUAACCUUUUGGUGUUUGAUGAGUGUCAUCUUGCAAUCCUAGACCACCCCUACCGAGAAAUUAUGAAGCUCUGUGAGAAUUGUCCAUCGUGUCCUCGUAUUUUGGGACUAACUGCUUCCAUUUUAAAUGGGAAAUGCGAUCCUGAGGAAUUGGAAGAAAAGAUUCAGAAACUGGAGAAGAUUCUGAAGAGUAAUGCUGAGACCGCAACUGACCUGGUGGUGUUGGACAGAUACACUUCUCAACCGUGUGAGAUUGUGGUAGACUGUGGGCCAUUCACAGACAGAAGUGGCCUCUAUGGCAGACUGCUGUUGGAGCUAGAGGAAGCACUUAACUUUAUCAACGACUGUAACAUACCUGUGCAUUCGAAAGAGAGGGAUUCUACUUUAAUUUCUAAACAGAUCCUCUCAGACUGUCGUGCGGUAUUGGUGGUCCUGGGCCCCUGGUGUGCGGAUAAAGUAGCCGGGAUGAUGGUAAGAGAACUGCAGAAAUACAUCAAACACGAGCAAGAGGAGCUGCACAGGAAAUUUCUAUUGUUUACAGACACCUUCCUAAGGAAAAUACAUGCACUGUGUGAAGAGCACUUCUCUCCUGCCUCACUUGACCUGAAAUUUGUGACUCCUAAAGUAAUAAAACUGCUUGAAAUCUUACGCAAAUACAAACCGUAUGAGCGACAGCAGUUUGAAAGUGUUGAGUGGUAUAAUAAUAGGAAUCAGGAUAAUUAUGUGUCUUGGAGUGAUUCUGAGGAUGACGAUGAGGAUGAAGAAAUUGAAGAAAAAGAAAAGCCGGAGACAAAUUUUCCUUCUCCGUUUACCAAUAUUUUAUGUGGAAUCAUUUUCGUGGAAAGAAGAUACACAGCCGUUGUCUUAAACAGAUUGAUAAAGGAAGCUGGCAAACAAGAUCCAGAGCUGGCUUACAUCAGCAGCAAUUUUAUAACUGGACAUGGCAUUGGAAAGAAUCAGCCUCGGAACAAACAGAUGGAAGCAGAAUUCAGAAAACAGGAAGAGGUCCUUAGGAAAUUUCGAGCACAUGAGACCAACCUCCUCAUUGCAACAAGUAUUGUGGAAGAGGGUGUUGAUAUACCAAAAUGCAACUUGGUGGUUCGAUUUGAUUUGCCCACAGAGUAUCGAUCCUAUGUUCAAUCUAAGGGAAGAGCAAGGGCACCGAUCUCUAAUUAUAUAAUGUUAGCAGAUACAGACAAAAUAAAAAGUUUUGAAGAAGACCUUAAAACAUACAAAGCUAUUGAAAAGAUCUUGAGAAACAAGUGUUCCAAGUCAGUUGACACUGGAGAGCCUGACAUUGAACCUGUUGUGGAUGAUGACGAUGUGUUCCCACCAUACGUGUUGAGGCCCGAUGAUGGUGGUCCACGAGUCACAAUCAACACGGCUAUUGGACACAUCAAUAGAUACUGUGCUAGAUUACCAAGUGAUCCGUUUACUCACCUAGCUCCUAAAUGUAGAACCCGAGAGUUGCCUGAUGGUACAUUUUAUUCAACUCUUUAUCUGCCAAUUAACUCACCUCUCCGAGCGUCCAUUGUUGGUCCACCAAUGAGCUGUGUCCGAUUGGCCGAAAGAGUUGUAGCUCUCAUUUGCUGUGAAAAACUGCACAAAAUUGGUGAACUGGAUGACCAUUUGAUGCCAGUUGGGAAAGAGACUGUUAAGUAUGAAGAAGAGCUCGAUUUACAUGAUGAAGAGGAGACCAGCGUUCCAGGAAGGCCAGGUUCCACAAAACGAAGACAGUGCUACCCAAAAGCAAUUCCAGAAUGUUUGAGGGAUAGCUACCCCAAACCCGAUCAGCCCUGUUACCUGUACGUGAUAGGAAUGGUUCUGACGACACCCUUACCCGAUGAGCUCAACUUUAGAAGGCGGAAGCUCUAUCCCCCUGAGGACACCACAAGAUGCUUUGGAAUACUGACAGCCAAACCCAUACCUCAGAUCCCGCACUUCCCUGUGUACACGCGCUCUGGAGAGGUGACCAUAUCGAUUGAGUUGAAGAAGUCUGGUUUCACGUUGUCUCUGCAAAUGCUUGAGUUGAUUACAAGACUUCACCAGUAUAUAUUCUCACAUAUUCUUCGGCUUGAGAAACCUGCACUAGAAUUUAAACCCACAGACGCUGAUUCAGCAUACUGUGUUCUACCUCUUAAUGUUGUGAAUGACUCCAGCACUUUGGACAUUGACUUCAAAUUCAUGGAAGAUAUUGAGAAGUCUGAAGCUCGCAUAGGCAUUCCCAGUACAAAGUAUUCAAAAGAAACACCCUUUGUUUUUAAAUUAGAAGAUUACCAGGAUGCAGUUAUCAUUCCAAGAUACCGUAAUUUCGAUCAGCCUCAUCGAUUUUAUGUAGCUGAUGUGUACACUGAUCUUACCCCGCUGAGUAAAUUUCCCUCCCCUGAGUAUGAAACUUUCGCAGAAUAUUAUAAAACAAAGUACAACCUUGACCUGACCAAUCUCAACCAGCCACUGCUGGAUGUGGACCACACAUCUUCAAGACUUAAUCUUUUGACACCUCGCCAUUUGAAUCAGAAGGGGAAAGCUCUUCCUCUAAGCAGUGCUGAAAAGAGAAAAGCCAAGUGGGAAAGUCUGCAGAAUAAACAGAUACUGGUUCCAGAGCUCUGUGCUAUACAUCCGAUUCCAGCGUCACUGUGGAGAAAAGCAGUCUGUCUCCCUAGUAUACUCUAUCGCCUUCACUGCCUUUUGACCGCAGAGGAGCUAAGAGCCCAGACUGCCAGCGAUGCUGGCGUGGGAGUCCGAUCGCUUCCCCUGGAUUUUAGAUACCCCAACCUAGACUUCGGGUGGAAAAAAUCUAUUGACAGCAAAUCUUUCAUCUCAAUUGCUAACUCCUCUUCAGCUGAAAAUGAUAAUUACUGUAAGCACAGCACAAUUGUAGUCCCUGAAAAUGCUGCACGUCAAGGUGCUAAUAGAACCUCCUCUCUAGAAAAUCAUGACCAAAUGUCUGUGAACUGCAGAACGUUAUUCAGUGAGUCACCUGGUAAGCUCCAAAUUGAAGUUUCAACCGAUCUUACAGCAAUUAAUGGUCUUUCUUACAAUAAAAAUCUUGCCAAUGGCAGUUACGAUUUAGCUAACAGAGACUUUUGCCAAGGAAAUCAGCUGAAUUACUACAAGCAGGAAAUACCUGUACAACCAACUACCUCAUAUCCCAUUCAGAAUUUAUACAAUUAUGAGAACCAGCCCAAGCCCAGCGAUGAAUGUACUCUACUGAGUAAUAAAUACCUUGAUGGAAAUGCUAACAAAUCUACCUCAGAUGCGAGUCCCACGACGGCCACGACGCCUGGUACUACCGAAGCUGUUCGAGCGCUCAAGGACAGGACAGGUUCUGAGCAGAGCCCGUGUCCUGGGUACUCCUCGAGGACCCUUGGCCCCAAUCCUGGACUUAUUCUGCAGGCUUUGACCCUUUCCAAUGCUAGUGAUGGAUUUAACCUGGAGCGGCUUGAAAUGCUUGGUGACUCCUUUUUAAAGCAUGCCAUCACCACGUAUCUAUUUUGCACUUACCCUGAUGCUCACGAGGGCCGCCUUUCAUAUAUGAGAAGCAAAAAGGUCAGCAACUGUAAUCUGUAUCGGCUUGGAAAAAAGAAGGGACUGCCCAGCCGCAUGGUGGUAUCAAUAUUUGAUCCCCCUGUGAAUUGGCUUCCUCCUGGUUAUGUAGUAAACCAAGACAAAAGUAACACAGAUAAAUGGGAAAAAGAUGAAAUGACAAAAGACUGCAUGUUGGCUAAUGGCAAGCUGGACGAGGACUUUGAGGAGGACGACGAGGAGGAGGAGGAGCUGACGUGGAGGGCUCCGAAGGAGGACGCCGACUACGAAGACGAUUUCCUGGAGUAUGAUCAGGAACAUAUCAAAUUUAUAGAUAACAUGUUAAUGGGAUCAGGAGCGUUUGUAAAGAAAAUUUCUCUUUCUCCUUUUUCAACCACUGAUUCUGCAUACGAAUGGAAAAUGCCCAAAAAAUCCCCUUUAGGUAGCAUGCCAUUCUCAUCAGAUUUUGAGGAUUUUGACUAUAGCUCUUGGGAUGCAAUGUGCUAUCUGGAUCCUAGCAAAGCUGUUGAAGAGGAUGACUUUGUGGUGGGGUUCUGGAAUCCAUCCGAGGAAAACUGUGGUGUUGACACAGGGAAGCAGUCCAUUUCCUACGACUUGCACACGGAGCAGUGCAUCGCGGACAAGAGCAUAGCCGACUGCGUGGAGGCCCUGCUGGGCUGCUAUCUAACCAGCUGCGGCGAGAGGGCUGCGCAGCUUUUCCUCUGCUCACUAGGGCUCAAGGUGCUCCCGGUGAUCAAAAGGACUGAUCGGGAAAAGGCCGUGUGUCCUGCUAGGGAGAAUUUCAGCAGCCAACAAAAGAACCUUUCAGGGAGCCGUGCUCCUGCCUCUGCGGCCGGCUCGCGUUCCUCCGUGUUGAAGGACUUGGAGUACGGUUGUUUGAAGAUUCCACCAAGAUGUAUGUUUGAUCAUCCAGACGCAGAUAAAACACUGAAUCACCUUAUAUCGGGUUUUGAGAAUUUCGAAAAGAAAAUCAACUACAGAUUCAAGAAUAAGGCGUACCUGCUACAGGCUUUUACCCAUGCGUCCUACCACUACAACACCAUUACUGAUUGUUACCAGCGCCUGGAGUUCCUGGGAGAUGCGAUUUUGGACUACCUCAUAACCAAGCACCUUUACGAAGACCCGCGGCAGCACUCCCCGGGUGUCCUGACCGACCUGCGGUCCGCGCUGGUCAACAACACCAUCUUCGCGUCGCUGGCGGUCAAGUACGACUACCACAAGUACUUCAAAGCCGUCUCCCCCGAGCUCUUCCACGUCAUCGACGACUUCGUGCAGUUCCAGCUGGAGAAGAACGAGAUGCAGGGCAUGGACUCCGAGCUUAGGAGGUCUGAAGAGGAUGAAGAGAAGGAGGAGGACAUCGAAGUUCCAAAGGCAAUGGGGGACAUUUUUGAGUCGCUUGCUGGUGCCAUUUACAUGGACAGCGGGAUGUCCCUGGAGAUGGUGUGGCAGGUGUACUACCCUAUGAUGCGGCCGCUAAUAGAAAAGUUCUCUGCAAACGUGCCCCGUUCCCCUGUGCGAGAAUUGCUCGAAAUGGAACCAGAAACUGCCAAAUUUAGCCCGGCUGAGAGGACGUACGACGGCAAGGUCAGAGUCACGGUGGAAGUGGUGGGGAAGGGGAAGUUCAAAGGCGUCGGCCGGAGCUACAGGAUUGCCAAGUCCGCAGCAGCAAGAAGAGCCCUGCGCAGCCUCAAAGCCAAUCAACCUCAGGUUCCCAACAGCUGAAACCCCUUUUUACAACGAAAAAAAAAACAAAAAGCAGAAUUAUGGGGAAAACUAUUUAAAACGAGAAGGUGAUUUAAAGUCCAUAGGGAGUGGAAUGAAUCGAAGGCAGAAUUUAAAGUUUGUUUGAUAACAAGAUAGAUUACAGAAUAAAACAUUUAACAUAUGUAUAAAAAUUUUGGAACUAAUUGUAGUUUUAGUUUUUUGCGCAAACACAAUCUUGUCUUCUUUCCUCACUUCUGCUUUGUUUAAAUCACGAGAGUGCUUUAAUGAUGACAUUUAGCAAGUGUUCAAGAGAAUUAUUGAGAGUUAUUUUGUUUUGUUUUGUUUUGGGGUUUUGUUUUUGUUUUUUAGUUUCAUUUCCAUCAGCUUUGCUUAGCGUUAGGAGGCCAAGGAGCUUACAGCUGAGACAGCCCCUAGAUUCUGGGGAGCGCCCUCCCCCCCUCAGCGUGGGCGCUGGCACCGGUCCUGCCGUGGCCGGGGCACCCAGGACAACGGUGUGGUUUGCGAGAGGAGAAGCGUGCCCAUGCCGUCUUUUCUUUCCACAUCCUGUUGCGUAAAAGGAUGUCUCCUGGUCGCCAUUGCACUUAAUAUAGUAGUAAGGGACAGGUUUUUAAUGAACAUAGGCUGGCAUGUUGGUGAAUCAAAUUUUCGUUUUCUCAUGCCACGUAGUCUUGCAUACAAAAGGUUCUUGCCUUAAAAUUAAAACCCUCAUAGAUGUUCUUUAAUUUCUGAUCUUUUUGGAACAAACUGUUCUACAUUCCCUUCCUUUUAUUAUGCAUUUAGAUAUUGAGACAGUGUGAUAUUUGCAACUCACUAGUGUAGUUGUGACUUAACUUAUUACAGGAUUAUAUUAGAGUUUCUGUCAUAUGUGUCCUGGAGGCAUUUUGAAAACCAGAAUAUUAUAUAUGUAGUCUAUGGAUUUUUUUUAAGCACCGUAAUAAAAAUGAUCUUUGGCUAAAUACCCAAUUUUACUAAAAACCUCCUGCCAGGUAGUUCCACUGAUAGAAAUUGUUUGUGGCAAACAGUUUCGCCCUGUAGACUGUUGCUCUAACAAGAUAAACUCUAGACAUAUCACACCUAAAAUAUGCUGCAGAUUUUAUAAUUGAUUGGUUACUUAUUUAAAGAAGCAAAACAGAGCACCUUUACCCUUAGUCUUCUCACUUUAAUGUCUUACUGUACUUGUCACAGUGUUGCGUGCAUUCUUCACCUACCAAAGCUGCGCUGUUAGUGCUGCGGAAGCGUAACGUUCACGACAAACUGCCGUCAUUUUGAUACAUCUGUGAUUUAGGUCUUUAAUUUAGGAAAACAAGCUCAUGAUUUCCGUCUUCGAAAAAGAAAAAAAAAAAAAAGACCUUUUUAGGCAUUUGCCGAAGUUUCUUUAAUUAGACUUGUAGGCACUCUUCACUUAAAUACCUCAGUUCUUCUUUUCUUUUGCAUGCGUUUUCCCCCCUGUUUGGUGCUAUGUUUAUGUAUUAUGCUUGAAAUUUUAAUUUUUUUUUUUUUGCACUGUAACUAUAAUACCUCUUAAUUUACCUUUUUAAAAGCUGUGGGUCGGUCUUGCACUCCCACCAACAUACCAGUAGAGGUUUGCUGCAAUUUGCCCCAUUAAUUAUGCUUGAAGUUUAAGAAAGCCGAGCAGAGGUGUCUAAUGUUUUCCAGCACAUCAUUCUGAACUCGAUGCUUCAUGUAAUGCUGCAUUUUUUGUUUUCAGUUACAGUUGAAUACUGUACUUCUUGCUUUAUCUGCACCACCCACCCCCAGAGAAACACCUCUGCACGUGUGCACAGAGAAAACUGUCAGCUCCGCUUUCUAAGGAGACCUGAGUGAAGGGGAUGUUAAGCUUCUCCAACGUUAUUUGUUGUCUCCAAUCUUACAUUUAAAUUGCGAUCUAAAUUAUUAAAUGAGUUUUUGAGCAAAUUAAUUUGGGUAGACUCAUUUUUAAAAUAUUUAUUUCUGAUUGGAAACCUUAGAUUUCUAUUGGGGUUUUUUGUUUUUUGUUUUAAAAACCUCAACGUAAGAUCUCCUAGCAAGUUAAAACCAAGCGAUUCUUGAAUUAUAUUAACUGUAAACGUGUACAAUUAACAAGUAAGGCUGGAUGUGAAUUUUACUUGUGAGGGUGAUUUGUGAUCAAGAUAGGUUGCAAAUCUCUUCUUAAUUUAUAAACUACCUGAUGCCAGGAGCUUAGGGCUUUGCAUUGUGUCUGAUGCACUAAUCCCAGUGUUAAGGGAUUCUCUUGCCUCCUGGCACCAAAACCAGAUUGUUUCACAGUUACAAUUCCCGUUGGGAGAAAAAUGCCUCAAUAUAUUUUGUAACCUUAAGAAGAGUAUUUUUUGUUAAUACGAAAAAGUUCAGACUUGGAUAUGAUUAGGUCAUACAUUCUCAGGGGUUCAAAUUUCCUGCUACCAUUCAAAAUGUUUUAUCAACGGCAAACUUUAGCUAUUUCAUUUUUUUGUUGUUGGAGAAAGAUAGCUCAUUUUAAUUCGUGACUCACACUUGGACACAUUCUGUGAUCCCCUGGUUACUAAGUUAAAAAAUAAAAAUAACUCUGAGCGAGACAUACGAGAUGGUUAUGAACGCUUCGUGCUGCUGAUUUUUAAAUGCUGUAGAGUUCCCCCAGUUUAGCUUGUUGAAAUGUUUUGCAUCCAUUAACUAAGGAAGAAAAUCACUCUGUGUGGCCCGCCCUUUCCGCCCCUGUGUGUGUCAUCCUUUUGUUCCUGUGAUUACAACGUGAGACCGAAUGUAAUACGAGGCCCUGCUGGUGGGAGGUGUGGUGGUGCCCGUGGGCACGUGUGUGAAGGACUGGGGAAGUGUGUCUUGAAGGAGCAACUAGAGAGUUCCUUACGAUGAUUGUGUGGAGGUUACUUGGCGUGAACCUUCAUUAUAAAGAGUUUUGAUUUCUUUGAUAAUAUACUUUCAGCAGUUCUAACUGCGCUGCGUUGUGUGAUAGCUUUGUUCCCCCUCUGUUCUGUUCGUGUAGCACAGAUAAGCAUUGCACUUGUACCAUGCUUUACCUCAUUUCAAGGAAAAUAUGCUUAACAGAGAGAAAAAAAAAAUGUGGUUUGGCCUCGCUGCUGUUUUGAUUUACCGGAUUUGAAAAAGAUAAUUAUAAUGCCUGCAAUGUGUCAUAUACUUGCACAACUUAAAUAGGUCAUUUUUGUCUGUGGCAUUUUUACUGUUUGUGAAAGUAUGACAAAGAUUUGUUAACCGAACUCUUAAUUAUGUUUUUUUUUUAAAUAUGUUUUGUUACUUUUUUCUUUCUUUUACGUCAUGUGAAGUGAUUAAAUUUAGAAUGACCUCUAACACUCCUGUAAUGAUCUCUUAAAAUACUAAUAUUUUAACGUUCUUCAUAAUAGCUUGCCCUCAGAACGAUUCAGACUGCCUUCCUUAACUGCCGAGAGGCCCGACGCUGCUCUGCGGCUCAUAAAGACGGCCCCUCACCCAGCACCGCGCCCUUCCAGGUCGUUCCCAGUCCGCCGGAGACUGGGGUGCGGGGAGUCCCCGAUACCCAGCCCUAGCACAGUGCAGGCUGAGGGCCUGGCCAGUGGCAGACGCCCCAUCUUCCUCUCUUAGGCUGUUUAAUCCUUGUGUCACACGAGAUCUAAGCCACCAAACUGAGACCUGGAUAUCUUUACUGAAGCCGCAGCCGGGAUUCCGUCUGAGCCCUCGCCCUGCUCGCAUUCCUGGCGGUCGGUGCCUAUAGGGUCAGUUGAAUUGCAUUUCUCUAGGUAUAUUUUUUCAACCACUGAUUACUUUUUCAGGAAUUUAAUUAUUUCCAAAUAAAUUUCUUUAUUUUCUAUUGUACAUGAAAAGCUUUUAAGAUACGUUUAAGACCAAGCAUAUUAAAGCGAUUUUACCAGUUGUCGGAGCGGCCAGGAGCGAUCUUGCAGCAACUUGCAUUGAGACUUGCAUUGUUGUUUUCCACUAGCAGUGAAAAUGGUCUUUCAAAACUAACUUGUAAAUAUAUUUCAAUCUUUAAGUGGUUUUUUUUUCUCCUGGUCCAUUUUUAUUUGGACAUCAACCACAGACAAUUUAAAUUUUAUAGAUGCACUCAGAAUUCACUGCAUCAGCAGGUUACCUAGCAAAAACGCGAAGGUGAGCAGCAAGUAAACUUCUGGCUUUUCUGCUGUAAAUAGAGUGAAGGAAAAUGACUAAAAUCAAGAAAAACUAACAUAAUUUGAUUGACAGUAACCUACUUACCAUCACAUGCUGCAGCUGUUCUAAGGAACGUACUGUAACCAUUCAUACAGUAAUUGUGCUGCGGGAACGUGCCGCCCGCACCUUACGGGCCCCAAUUACCUUUAGUUGUUUGUUUUGUAAUAAUUGUAGCAGAGUCAAGCUCCAAUAAAGUUAUGGUCUGUUCA